AUGAAAUUUCUGGCGCUUUUUCUAACUGUAUUUACAGUGUGCAAGAUACAUGCCAGCCUAACAUUGGACAAAUUGGAGGCUCUGCAGAAUGUUGUGAUAGAAACAAAAAACGGAAACCUGGCGGUGAACCCGGAGGGGCCGCUCAACCUAGUGCGGGGGUAUAUUUAUCACAGAAAAGGGCUUAUGCACAACAAGCGAAUGUUCUCCAGCGAAAUCUGCACAAGCUACAGUCUUGUGCCAAGUGGCUUCCAGAUAAGUGGGGUAGACCAAUAUGUAUACAAAAGGGUUCCGGUGAAAGACAAAGAGUGCAAUGUGCAGAAAAGCGCAACGAAGGAAGAAAAAUACAUACAGAGAUACCACAGGAGAAUUAUCCAAAUGUUUCCCUCUCCGGACGGAGUCUUCUCAAUUGAGGUAAACCGCGGAGAUGCAUUUAUCCAGUUCAUGCGAGAAAACGAGGCGAAUGGAAAUGCUUUCUGGGUUCUUGCUGCGCUCCAGCUGCUAAGCGAAGGAGUGGACGUGGACAUAGGAUGUGCGCACAAAGAGGUCUUUCUGAAGAAGAAAAAUGGCGAGGAAAUAUUCAGAGUGAGCACCAAAGCAAAGGUUCAACAGGGCGAUGCAGGCGAGAAGAACGGCGUUUGGCAGAGGCAGGCAGAAGAGACUAUAAAGUUUUUCAAAGACUACAAAAAAACAGGAGCCGAGCCCACUAACAUGGACGAGCUGGCGUCUGGCCAGUUUCUGGACAGCACACAGUUUCUGAUUCAGGCGUACAUAUUUGAGUAUAUAGAAGGGAUAGAAGGGGCAACAGAGUUUAUCAGAUGCGUGUAUGGCCUUUUGAGCGACGUUGCCGAAGCCGAGGCUGCGCAGCCGAAUGCGUGUGCGGGCGUGCAGCAUGCCAAUGCCAUGCUAGAUCGAUUCUUUAUGCCAGAAAGCCGCCUUUAUAAGCCAUCUAAAGACGAGUCUAAAAAGCCAGAAAACGGCAAGAUGAAAGGCCUGUUUUAUGCGGAGGAACAAAUACCUAGAACCACGUGCGUGCCAGGAUACAAUAGAGGCGCCUCUGAAUUCUAUAUGGAAAGAGAAAAAAAUUACAGCAACUGUGUAGAAAUAGGAAUAUACGCAGUUUUUUGCUGUCUUGCAUACAACCCGGAAACAGGCAGAUACACGCUGAGCCAAAUGAAAAACGCAUCGCGCGAUCUGAAGAAGUUUUUUCGCCAAAACAAAAGGCCUGCCAAAACCAUAGACCCCAAAAUGCACAAAGCCUGGUGCAGGGUGGUGGCCGACCUGCCGUGCAAAAGCAUUAUGUACAGAAAAGCGACCAGAAACGAGCUACAAACGGGCAUGCUAAACAUUCUGCUGGUGGUGGCGCACGUGGCUGGGAUCUUUUCGAAGGAAAAGGAAGCCAUACUGGGGUUUAUUGAAGAGAUAAAGACAGUGCAGGUGCCGGCUGCGCAGACAUACCGCCGCCUUAGACUAUACGCCCAAAAAAUGCUUAUGUCUAUUUCCACUAGCAAGAACAUACAAAUAACUUUCUCCGAGUUGCAAAGGAAGACGAGCAGAGAUGGCAUGAUAGAAGUAUAUGGAAUGAUGACUAUAAAGCACAGGCUCAGCAACAAAGACUAUGGGAUUGAUCUUACUAUGGGGAUAGGGCACACCAGGGUGAACAUGGUAUACUCACACAUCGGCUUGACAAGAAAAAGCGCAGGCAUACUCGCACGCAUACUGGACCAGUGCCAAAGCAAAAAUGCGUUCAUCAAGUGCCUUAUUGCUGAGUAUGUGAACAGCGCAAAAAAAAUAGAUUUCGCCGCCAGAGCAGACGAAAACAUGCACGCACCCAUAACACUGACAAGUGUGCCUUCAAUCGACAGCGCUGCAGGCCUCAAUCGAAUAUUCAUGGCAGUAAAGAUAGAGAGCCUGCAUACAAAAGCCUUUCUUAUUGCGAGCAUCAGCAUGCGUGCAAAGAUGUGCAAGGUAAAGCUGGCGCAGGGCCAUCCAGCGGUGCAGCUCAUGUCCAACCUGCUAGGGAGCGUGCAGCUCGAUGUGAUCUCCACACUAAACCGCGUUUUGUACGCGCCGAUAUUCAUGCAAGCCUUUAAAGGGCUAUAUCCACGUGUGAUGAUCACGCAAAACACAUACACAGCGCUGUUUGCAAAAAACUGCAUGCUCGAGCAAAUUGGGCAGCCCAAGCAGGUGGAUGGGUAUGCGGAUGUCCUUAUAGAGUAUCUGGGUGCAUUUGCGCAGGAAACAUCCUCUCCCCUUUCUUCUCUAGACGUGCUGUCCUGCAUGUUUACCCUGACCCAAUUUUUCAACGUUUUGUUCGAGAAAAACACCUUAGACUAUGCAAAGAGGCUGGGUGAGCUUCUUAUACAGGAGAAAACUCUGGCGGGCCUCCAGACGAAGCAUAGACUCGACAUUAUAUGGCUGCUGAUUGCAUGCGUGGAAAAGCCAGAAAACACUGGUAUAAUUCGAGACACUUUCAGCUUAGUCACAAACUACGACAAGUACAUACUAAAACACGAGGUCAGCUACUAUGUUCAGGACAAUAGCAAAGAAAUUAUUGGUGUUUUAGAAAAAAUGGAGAAUGAGCUCUGCCAAGGCGAAAACGCCGACAAGUAUUUUAGAGUUCUGGGCAUGCUGAAAGACGCUAUAAGUGCACAUUAA